AAGUAUAGAAUGAGGAUAAAAUAGGAAAAUGGGAAAAUCAGACGGCAUAGCCGGCGACCCGCAACAAUUCCCUGUUUCCGUGUAGCAGUGGUUCAGUUCUCCAGCACCGUUGCCGUUUUCCAGAGUUUCUUCUUCCGGGUUGGGACUGUUGCUUUUGGAGCCUUAUUUGUAAGGAUUGGGGCUGAUGGUUAGACUCUUUGAUUCUCACUGUCACUUUCAAGAUUCAAGAAUCUUGAAUCUGGCCCCUAAACUAAUAAAGGAGACUAUUGAUACUGGUGUGGUUCAUUUUGCUGUAAAUGGAGUAUCUGAGAAGGACUGGCAUUUGGUGAAGGAGAUGAGCGAACGCUAUCCUUCUGUUAUUCCAAACUUUGGGGUUCAUCCAUGGUAUAUAUCUGAGAGAACUCCCAAUUGGCUCAACACUUUGAAGGAGUUCCUUGCGACUACUCCUUCUGCUGCGGUUGGAGAGAUUGGUCUCGACAAAGGUUCUAUGGGGAAGCGGAUUGAUUUUACGGAUCAAGUUGAAGUCUUCCGCCAGCAGCUUGAACUUGCAAAAGAGCUGAAAAAACCAGCCUCUUUGCACUGUGUGCAGGCUUUUGGUGAUCUUCUUGAGAUACUAAAGUCUGUCGGGCCAUUUCCUUCUGGUGUAAUAUUGCAUUCGUAUCUUGGUUCUGCUGAGAUGGUUCCUGAAUUUUCUAAACUCGGUGCUUACUUUUCCUUCUCUGGUUUCCUCAUGUCAAUGAAAGAAAGCAAGGCAAAGAAAAUGUUGAAGUCCAUUCCUACUGAAAGGAUUUUGUUGGAGACAGAUGCCCCGGAUGCUCAACCAAAAUCAGUAAAUCCAGAUUCUCUAUUCUGGAUUGAAAGAGAAGCUCCUGAUUCAAAAAAGCUUACCGGUGAUGAAGAUAGUUUGUCCUCAAAUGAAGCUAACACCCUUGACAACAGAUCCCGUGAUAAAGGAGAAGCAUCUGCAUUACCUGAAGAAAGACUUAACCAUCCAGCUAACAUUCAUCACGUACUUGCUUACGUCGCGCGUUUACUUGAGAUGGAAGAAAAAGAACUUGCUGAAUUGAGCUAUCAAAAUGCUGUACGCCUCUUCUCUUAUGAGGGAUCAAAGUUGGUGCAGGUCAACUCUUAGUAAUUGUGUAAAGUUAGAGUUGACAAGUUCUUAGCAAUUGUUGCUCUCGAUGUAAGUCUGAAAGUCACAAAAGUUACAAUUUCAGGAUUGUAUGUUCUGGUUCAUACUUGUAGACUUGCUUGUAAUUAUUACACAAUGCUUAAAUUCA